AUGUUGCUUCCAACACUGGCUCAUGCCGGUUUGCACUGCUUCUUGCUGGUGUACCACAGCGAGGUUGAGAGGCUCCAGUUUUGCAGAGAUAAAGGAAGAUGCAAACUGCCAGACAAACCAGGAUUUCAACUAGCUCAGUGGAGAGAUGGGAAAUCGACGGGAGAUGAUGUGGCAAGUUCAUCAUCUUAUACCAGACCUUCUUUCAGCCUGGGUGUAUCUGACAAAGAUGUUCCCAAUAAAGCUGAAGGCACCAGUCUGACAAAGCAAAAGAAUUUUGCAACUACAGACAUCCCAGUGUUUUCAGCUCUUCAACCAAAGUUGGAAGAUCAGUGGAGAGAUGUGAAAUGGACAGAAGAGCAAAAGAAAAGCCUAAUGAAGACUGUGAGCUCCUACAGACCAAGUUGUGAGGAGGUGACUCAGGCUCGGAUUCUGCUCCUGGGUCCAGUCAGUUCUGGAAAGUCCAGCUUCAUCAGUUCAGUCCAGUCGGUGUUUAAUGGAAGAGUCACUAACCGGGCUAUGGUGGGCUCCUUUUCAACCAGCUUCACCAAAAAGCUACAGUCCUUCAGCAUCCAUGGCCAGAAGGGAGAGGAAGAUACCGGACUGGUACUGUGUGAUAUCAUGGGUCUGGGAGAUGGAGAGAUGACCGGGUUGACCCUUCAUGACAUUUUGUCAGUCAUUAAAGGUCACGUUCCUGAAGGACACAAAUUUAGCCCAGAUAAGCCAGUGACAUCAGAAACUGUGGGUUAUGUGAAGAUACCAAGCCUUAAGGACAAAAUCCACUGUGUUGCCUUCGUGGUGGAUGCCUCCAAAAUUUUGCUCUACCCCAAAGGCCUCAGCACCACCUUCAAACAGCUCAGAGAGCACAUCAGUGAUCUGGGUGUUCAUCAGGUGGCUCUGUUGACCCAUGUUGACCAAAUUUGCCCCGAAACUGCCAAAGAUGUCACUCAGGUUUACAAAAGCCGGAACAUUAUUGAGGUGGUUAACAAAUCUGCAGCUCUGCUGGGUAUGUCUCCAUCCUACAUCGUCCCAGUGAAGAACUACUCAUCAGAGCUGGACCUGGACGUGAACACAGAUGUGCUGCUACUUAGUGCUGUUGACCACAUCUUGCAGUACGCUGACCUGUUUUUCCAGGAUUACAAACCACGACAGACAGGGAUGAAGUUCCAUUAAUUCCUGAGUUUCUGGAAGAAGUCUUUCUAAAGAAUAUUAAAGUCUUCAGUGAAAUUUGCAUUUCAGUACCCUGACAACCUUGACAUCUUGCAAAACAAAAAAGAUGGUUAACUUCACUCAAUGGAAAAAUAAAGGAAUAAAACAGAA